UUCAGAUUUCGUCUUCUUGUUAAGUUUGUGUUUGAUAAGCUUUUAUUGGUUUUCUUGGGAGAAUGUGAUGUUUGUAGAUUUAAGUGCUUUGUUUAUGUGGUGGGAUUGGUUUGCAUAAUUUUUUUUAUCUUUUCUGAUUCUUUGAUUAUGCAGAGAACUGUACCAUCUUCUUCUUCAGCAUCAGUUUCCUCUACAAUGGCCAAAUAGAGGAGUUUCAACACAAAAAUAUUUGUUCACUGGUCUCAGAAGACCAGCAAGAGGUAAAAUUUGCAAGCUUUGUUUCUUCUUGACCUUAUCAUGUGCUCUUCUUGGUGAAAGUUCUUCUUUGUUAUGUUUGCUUUUUCUUUGGGCCAACUGGCAAUGGAAAAACAAUGCUUGUCAAGGCAGCUGCUUCCAUGUCACAGUCAACAUUCUUCAACGUCUCAGCGUCUUCAUUGACAUCAAAAUGGGUGGGUGAUACCAUUGCCCUCAGGCCUCAGUGCAGGUCCCUAGGCCACUAUCACGUUUGGAUUUGGAGAAAGCUCUCGCUACGUCAAAGAAGACACAAAGUUGCAGCAAGCAAGUACUCUGGACUGAGAGGGUCAAGGGAACCAGAUGAGGUCCAAGCAGUGAUAAUUGGAGUUAUGAAGCUACUAGUCUCUCAGUUCAUUAUCCUUCAAUCAGAUUCAAUCAGGUUCUCAGGGUUCAUGGCUCGUGAUGAGGUUCUGGAUCAUUUUUAUAAACGUUCUGGUUUCAAAUGGGAAAGUUUUAGAGCUUGCAACAGUUUCACUAUGCUCUGUAAUUGUUUCUUUAUAGAAAAUUUUAAUGGCUUGAGGCUGCUUAAGAGUCUUUGAUCUUGUUACUGAAAAAUACACGCAGAGGUAAAACCUCAGCAAUACAGAGUUUCUUCAGUCAAA